GCUACUUCGGUGGAUGUUGAACAGCUCUUCAGCCGUGGCCGCCUUGUCCUAUCACAUGUCCAUUCUCGCUUAAAUGUGCAGUCCACUCGCGCCCUCUUGUGCUUGAGCUACUGGAGCCGGCUGGGUUUGGUGAAGAACGAAGAUGUUUUAGCUGUUAGCAACCUCACGGAUGUUGUAGGUGACGAGGAGCUAGAACUUGAGGAAGGAUGGGACCAAAUACAGUUAGGGUAG